AUGUGUCAUCAAUGUAAUCGAAAAGAACGUUGGUACGAUCCAGCAAAUCGUAGAUUUUCUCUUUAUUGUACUAAGAGUUGCAAAGAAAGGGCCCAAGGAGGAUUGAGCCCACCAAUGUCACCAAUAUCACCAAUAUCAAUAUCACCAAAUUCACCAAUUUCACCAAUUUCACCAAAUUCAUCUCCUUACCAGUUUUUUCAGUUACCACACGAAAAUAUAUUAAAAUUGCAACAACAAGAAAUAGAAAAAUUGAAACGGCAACUCGAUGAGCGACAGAAAAACCCACAGCCAAAACAAGUAAAGAAAAAGAAACCAAAACAGCCGAAAACACGUAACUCUGAAUAUUUUGUAAGUAAUAGUAAACCAUACUCAAAUUUACAAUUAUCGAGUUCACAAUCAUUAACAUCAAAUUCACGAUCAUCGAAUUCACAAUCAUCGAAUUCACAAUCAUCAAUAGCAACAUCAAAUUCGCAAUCAUCAAUAGCAACAUCAAAUCCACAAUCAUCAAUAGCAACAUCAAAUCCAAAAUCAUCAAUAGCAACAUCAAAUUCGCAAUCAUCAACAUCAACAUUAAAUUCACAAUCAUCGAAUUCACAAUCAUCAACAUCAAAUUCACAAUCAUCAUCAUCAAAUUCACAAUCAUCAUCAUCAAAUUCACAAUCAUCAUCAUCAAAUUCACAAUCAUCAUCAUCAAAUUCACAAUUAUCAACAUCGGAUUCACAAUCAUCAUCAUCAAAUUCACAAUUAUCAACAUCGGAUUCACAAUCAUCAUCAUCAUUGCAACAAAAUCAUCCAAAUAAACGACAACAACUUGAACCAACUAGUCCGGCUAUAGUAGCCCAACCAAACCCAAACUCACAAAAUCCACAAAUAAGUUCAAGCAGAUCUCCUCAAAGAAACCCAAAUCCUCAAAAUACUCAAAUCAGAUUAAGCAAGUCGCCUCAACCAAAUCAUAGUUCACAACCAAGACCAAAUAGUCAAUCUCAACCAAAACCAAAUAGACCACAUAAUCUACAACCAAAUCAACCAACUCCAUCAUCUCCAACCACCUCUCCUUCAUUAACUCCACCUAUAACAACUCCUCCUUCAUUAAACCCAUCUACAACAAUUCCUUCUUCAUUGACCCCAUCUAUAACAAUUCCUUCUUCAUUAACCCCGUCUAUAACAACUUCCCCUUCAUUAACCCCAUUGUCUCUACAACUACAAAGAGUUUCAAUUGAUGAGUCUCAAGCAUACGAAGAAGAACCACCUCCACCCUACGAACCUAAUCCUAAGUUUGAAUUUACUGGUCCUGAUAUUAAAGUGACUCGUAAUGAAUCGUAUGAUGAUGGAAUUGAUCCUUAUGUAGCUAGAAAACUAGCUCUAUAUUUUAUUUAUUUAUUAAUCAAUUAG